AUGUCGUCUCUUCGCAACGCCGUCGCCCGGCGGCCUCACAAAGAACGAUCGCAGCCUCAGUCCCGAGAGAAAUGGGGCCUGUUAGAGAAACACAAAGAUUACUCGCUCCGUGCGCAGGACUACAAUACCAAGAAGAAGAAACUCGCACAGCUGUCCCAGAAGGCCCGGGAAAAGAACCCAGAUGAAUUCGCUUUUGGGAUGCUCAGCCAGGGCAAGGCCGGCUUGGGGAAACACAAGGCAGCCGGGGACCAGAGUGGGCCGUUGAGCCACGAUGCGGUCAAACUGUUGAAGACUCAGGAUGCGGGAUACCUACGGACCGUGGCGGCCAGGGGCAGGAAGGAGAUUGAACGAUUGAAGGAGGAGGUGGGCUUGGAUGCCGUGACAAUGGGCGGGAGCAUGGGCAAGCGCAAGGUAUUCACCGACGACGAAGAUGUGAUGGCGACAAGAGGCAAAAAGCGCACCUCUGAUGGCGAGGUCAUGGACCAAGCCCCUCAGGUGUCUACGAUCGAACUGGGCGUCGAAGUUGAUCAGACAACGGAAAGAGCAGACCUCGUGGAACCUGAAGACGACUCUGAUUCUCGGCCGUCGAAACGAACGUCGAACAAGGCAUUGGCAGCCAAACAAGAUGCAGCGGCGCGCCUGCGUGCGGAGCGGAAGAAGAGGAAGCGAAUACAAGAGAUGCGGGUGGCAAAGCUUGAGGCUUUGAGAAAAAGACAGCGCGAGAUACUUGCAGCGGCCGACCAACUCGAAUUACAACGGGCCAAGAUGGCCAGGACAGUGGGCGGAGUCAACAAGAAUGGGAUCAAAUUCAAGAUCCGCGAAAGGAAGAAGUAA